CAACCGGCCGCCGCCCCCGGGCCCGUCCCGCCGGGAGCGCGGGGCGCGGCCAGCCCGCCCCGGAGCCAGGCCCGCGGGCGGCGGCGGCGGCGGAGCUGGGCAGGUGGAUGCGGCUGGAAGAUGGCGCCCUCGGGCCCGGGCAGCGUCAGGCGGCGGUGCCGGCGGGUGCUCUACUGGAUCCCGGUGGUGUUCAUCAGCCUGCUGCUCGGCUGGUCCUACUACGCCUACGCCAUCCAGCUGUGCAUAGUGUCCAUGGAAAACGUCGGAGAACAAGUUGUGUGCCUGAUUGCUUAUCAUCUACUUUUUGCAAUGUUCGUCUGGUCAUAUUGGAAAACUAUCUUUACAUUACCAAUGAAUCCUUCAAAAGAAUUCCAUCUCUCUUAUGCGGAGAAAGAAUUGUUGGAGAGAGAGCCAAGAGGAGAAGCCCAUCAGGAAGUUCUUCGGCGAGCAGCCAAAGAUCUCCCCAUCUAUACCAGGACCAUGUCUGGAGCAAUCCGAUAUUGUGAUAGAUGCCAACUCAUAAAACCAGACCGCUGCCAUCACUGUUCUGUCUGUGACAAAUGUAUUUUGAAGAUGGAUCAUCAUUGCCCUUGGGUGAACAAUUGUGUUGGAUUUUCAAAUUAUAAAUUUUUCCUCCUUUUCUUGGCUUAUUCUCUGCUGUACUGCCUUUUUAUUGCUGCUACAGAUUUACAGUAUUUUAUCAAAUUUUGGACAAAUGGCCUACCCGAUACUCAAGCCAAGUUCCAUAUUAUGUUUUUAUUCUUUGCCGCAGCUAUGUUUUCUGUCAGCUUGUCUUCUCUGUUUGGCUAUCAUUGUUGGCUAGUCAGCAAAAAUAAAUCUACAUUAGAGGCGUUUAGAAGUCCUGUAUUUCGACACGGAACAGAUAAGAAUGGAUUCAGCUUGGGUUUCAGUAAAAACAUGCGACAAGUUUUUGGUGAUGAGAAGAAGUACUGGCUGCUACCCGUUUUUUCAAGUCUAGGUGAUGGCUGCUCCUUUCCAACUUGCCUUGUUAAUCAGGAUCCUGAACAACCAUCUACUCCUGCAGGAAUGAACUCAACAUCGAAAACUCCUGAAAACCAUCAGUUCCCUGCAAAGCCCUUGAGAGAGUCCCAGAGUCACCUUCUCACGGAUUCCCAGUCUUGGACUGAGAACACUGCAAACCCAGGAAAAGGCAAAGCUGGUAUGAGCAAUCCUGCAUUAACCAUGGAGAAUGAGACUUAACUCUUCAAACAAAAUAAAUUCAUACUUUAUGAAAGUAUCAGUGCUGCAGGUGGAUGGCAGAGGCUUCCCACAGGAAGGCACCACGGGCCCCUGGUUCCCAUUUCUUCUUGGCUGGAUAUGCAGAAUAUGAAUUGGUUAGUUCUCUCCAAGCCGUUGCUUAAAAUAUAACACAUUUUUUUAAAAAAAACCAGUAUAGAGAUUGUUUCAACUAACACAAAUUCCUGUUAAAUAUUAAAAGUAAUUAUGGUUUAUGAAUCAAGGACAAAAAUAUCUUCUACCAUAAAAACUUGGAAUAAAUUCGUGGGCUUAUUUUCACCCAAAUAUUUGGGUUGUACAAUGUAUACACAUAAAAAGCCCAUUAAUCAUCUGAUUUUCCUGAUUCAGAAAAUUGAGACUAUUAAGAUACUGAAGUUUAAAAGAUUUCAAAUUACAGUAUAAUGAGAGCUUUAUUCAUAAAACCUGUUAGUUACCUGUGAGGUGGAGGGAGCCUGUCAGACUUGCUUCUUCCCUCUGCUGUAAAUCUGGCCCCAGACUGAGUGAACUCUAAUGACUAUGAAUUCAUUGCAAAUUUUAAUUGGCCCACACUUGAAAACUGCCAUCAUUUUUUGCCAGACUUUAAUUCUAGCCUUUGUUCCCUGCUGGAAAAGAAGUGUGAUCAUUGAUUGAAGACUGAGCUCACUGAUAAGCAACUAGCUAGCAAAUGUUUUGUCACAACUAAUACAUUUCUAUUACAUCCAAGAUAUAUUUUUCAUCUCUCCCAAUCUUCUUAAACCGGGGGAAUAUCUAUACAAAAACAAUUAUGAUUGGUUUAUGAUGUUCUUUUGCCAGUAUGGCUUUUUUGAAAAUCUGUUUUUCAGGUUAUUUGUUCUACUGAACAGAGCAAACAUAUUGAAUUUGUUAAGCAUCGCCAAUGGGCCAAUAGAUUAAUCCUCCAUUGGUAUCUAUAUUUUUUCUGUGUCCCCUCUCAUCAAAAGUAUGACACUUUAUAGUUGAACUUUAUAGUUCUUCAAAUACUUAAGACUAAAUUAUGCAAAUCAUGAAAACAAAUCCUAUACUUUCAGAAAUUUAGUUCAACCUGAACUAAAUGGCGUGCUGUUUGGAAAUUGAGUUUAAGGUAAACUAAUGUGGUGUGUUUGUUAAUGCCAAAACGUUCGGCUUCGGUAAAUAUACUAGGAAGCUCUUGUGCCUUGUACGCACUAUUUGAAAAAGUUUUAUUCUUUUUUUGAGUGGAGUGUAAGUUUUGUAAAUGUUAGAGAUUAGAAUAAGCUUAAACAGUUUUUGGUACUGAUUUUGAGAAUUUAAAGCAGAUUAUCUUUUAAAACGUGCACAGUUAAGGAACCAGUAUUUAAUCAAAGAAACAAUGGUAUUACACUUUUCAAAAUCUGAGUUAGACAAAAAUGCAACACUGAAGAGACCAGAAGACUGGAGGAUAAUGGAGUAGAAAGAUCCUUGCAGUUACUUGUUCUUUCUAAAAAUAUAAAGCUUACAUUUUAAUGAGUUUUAUGAAAGAACCAAUGUCAGCCAAGUCCAUUUAAAGAUACAGGGAUACUCUUUCCGAUUUUUUUUUUUUUUUAAACCUGAAGACUUUGAUCUGACAAUCCGUUUCAGGAAAUCUCAGAAGAUAUGAUGCAUUUUUACUUGUUACUUUUAAAGCAUUUUUUGGUCAUCAUUUUUUAUUACCUGAAGUGCCAGGUUGGAACCUAUAGCUACUGCUACGAGUCUUAAGGGCAACAGCAUCACGUGAUGUAUUACGAAAUAUAUGCAGCCAGGUUUUUUCAAAGCACAGUACUAUAGCCAUUUUUGUGGACAGGAUUUUGUGAGGUGUUCCUUCUUGUCAAAAUAGAAGCUAAGAAAAAAAGUGGGGUUUUUAUUCUUUCCCUUGCGAGAGUACUGUUAAAUUUUCCCCCUUUAGGUCUUUUGUGUAAUUAUUGAUAUACAUGAUGAGUUGAUACACAGUAGAAUCAUUCGAAAAAAAUUUUUACGAAUAAAUUUUUUUCCAUUAAGUUGCA